AGAGAGGGAGAGAGUUUUGGUUAGGGAGACACGACUCCCAGUCCAAAGCUAUGAGUAAGAGGCAGGUUUCCAACAUAUAGGCUAUUCGAGUUUUCUAGCAAUUUAAUUUACGGAUUGCAAUUCCAUUGAAUGGGAAAUUCUACUUUGAAGAUGAUCAUGGAAGAGAGGCGCUACUUUGAGAUGAGCGGGCAGUCUGAGAGAGACGAUGACUGCCAACAAGAGUGCCAAGGCUGCACCACGAUCAGGAGGCUGUAAAGUACCUCGCGACAUCCCAGAGAGGUGCCAGUCUGCGUCGCCUCCUCCCAUCCUCUCGGCCACCCAGGGGCAGCACCGCUCCCCACUUAGCGACGGCGAGGACUCCGGGAAGCAGAGCAGAUACGUGAGGACCGACGGCCGGCUGCUGGGGAAGGCCAGCUGGGGCAUCAAGGCCGGCAGCCUGCGCAGCGGCGCCUCCCUGUCCACCGCCUGGGACGCCCACAACCGCCUCGCUAAGUCCAAGAGCAUCAGCUGCCUGGACAACAAGCUCUCCAUCUACAAGCCCUCAGGCCCAGCCGCCCCUGUGGUUGGCCUGGAGGAGCAGGGGGACGAGGCCCAGAACGACACCCAGAAACAAGAGCGGCUCCCCGGGGGGGAUGGACUGAGCGACCGGCCCCUGAGCUGGAGCACCCUCUCUCUGGGACCGUCGACCAACCACGGCCACAAGCGCAGCCUCUCUCUCAGCCGCCCGGCCCCAGGCGCCUCCUCGGCCACCAUACGGAAGAAGAUCUCGGAAUGGGAGUGCAGGAGGGUGGCUCUGCCUAGGAUGAGCCUGUGUCUGGAGAAGAGGCCCGGGAGCGAGCGCGUCGGCGGCAGCGAGGGCUGCCCCAGCCUGCUGUCCUCACCCUGCAGCGAGAAGACCUUCAACUUCAAGGGGGUCCGGAGGAUGAGCACGGCCUUCUCCGAGUGCUCCUACCCCGAGACGGAGGAAGAAGAGGCUGCCUCGGACAGGGAGGGCCUGGGCCGCUUCCAGAAGAGGAUAGGCAAGAAAGAACCUUCCGGAAUAUUUCUGCGCUCCCUCUCCGCCCGCAAGGAUACAUCCGCCGUCCUCAACAGGAUACAGAAGAUCGAGCAAGCCCUGAAGGAGAGCCCCGGCCCGGCUCCUCCUCAGUAUCUCAACAACUGCUACGCGCCCGACAAGGCCAGACAGAAGUCUUUCACCAUAGGCGGGAUUGACGACCUAGACAGCGCGUGCACCAGCAAGCGCAGCAGUAUCUGCUCGGUGGCCACAGAGCCGGAUGCGCCCCCCCCCUCCUCCUCCUCCUCCAAGCUCUCCAAACUGAGACAGAGGUUCAGCGUGAGCUCGACCCGCUCCGAGAGCCCGGAGCCCCCCGCGCCGCUGACCCCGGGGGGCACGCCCGUCAACCCCCUGCCCAAACCCAAACGCACCUUCGAGUACGACGCCAACCGGAACCACAAGGGCACGUCGCCGAGCAACGGGCUGCCUGCCGGCGGCGCUUCCGAAUCGCCCCCGCCCCUGCCCUCCACGCCCGCCCCCAGCAUGAAGAGGGCGCCCAAGACAGACGGGAGCUCACCCAAGAGACUCCAGGAGAGGGAGUCAUGUGAGUCGGAGAACGCUGCCAGCCAGCCCUCCUCACACCCGUCCUCGCCCACAGAGAACGCUGCCAGCCAGCCCUCCUCACACCCGUCCUCGCCCACAGAGAACGGCACCGUCCCCGCCGAGUCCCGCAGUCGCCCCGGCUCCAAAAGCACUUUAGAGGAGAACGCCUAUGAGGACAUAGUAGAGAAGGAGAACCCGUACGAGGACGUGGACCUGAAGCGCAGGAGUCUGGGCCGCAAGUCUCGUCUCGCACCGGAGAGCAACCGCACUUGGACCUCCACGGACAGGAAACUCAACUCUCCUCCUCAGCUGCCCUCCAAGUCCAGCAGCCAAUCCCUGCGAUUGUCUGGUCCGGCGGACAGGAAGAGCCACCGCUUGUCCCGCCUCUCCAAGCGCCACAGCCACGACGACAUGCUGCUGCUGGGCGUCCCCCCGCCCCCCUGCGGCCUGCUGGACAACGGAGUGAGCAGCGCCAGCGACACCCUGACCUCCCGCAGGCAGCGCAGGAUCCCCAAGCUGGUCCAGAGGAUCAACUCCAUCUACUGUACCAAACGAGGCAAGAAGAGGCUGAAAAAACUCUCCUUGUCCAACAUUGAAACGGCAUCUCUCAGAGGAGAUGACAACAGCGAGAGUGAGAGCGACUCUGAUGACAGGUUCAAAGCCCACACCCAGAGGCUGCUCAAGCUGCAGUCUAUCCUGCGCCGGGCGCCCAGUUACCGCACCCUGGAGCUGCAGCUGAUCGAGUGGCAAGAGAGGGAGCUCUUCGAGUACUUUGUGGUGGUGUCUCUCAAGAAGAAGCCCACCAAGAACUCCUACUCUCCCGAGGUCUCCUACCAGUUUCCCAAGCUAGAGAGACCCACCAAGCAGAUGAGGGAGGCAGAGCAGAGACUCAAAGCCAUCCCUCAGUUCUGCUUCCCAGACGCCAAGGACUGGAGCCCUGUGUCUGAGUACAGCAGUGAGACCUUCUCGUUCAUGUUGACUGGAGAGGAUGGCAGCAGGAGGUUUGGCUACUGCAGGCGUUUGCUGCCCAGUGGGAAAGGACCUCGGCUUCCCGAGGUGUACUGCGUCAUCAGCAGAUUGGGCUGCUUUGACCUGUUCUCUAAGAUCCUAGAUGAGGUGGAGAGGCGCAGGGGGGUCUCGGCUGCCCUCGUGUACCCCUUCAUGAGGAGUCUGAUGGAGUCCCCCUUCCCUGCGCCGGGAAAGACCAUCAAGGUCAAGACCUUCCUGCCUGGAGCAGGAAAUGAGGUCAUUGAGCUGAGGAGACCCAUGGACUCCAGGCUGGAGCACGUGGACUUCAACAGCCUGUUCAGCUGCCUGGGCGUGCGCCAGGUGGUGAGGGUGUUCGCCUCCCUGCUGCUGGAGCGCAGGGUCAUCUUCGUGGCGGAUAACCUGAGCACCCUGUCCAGCUGCAUCCAUGCGGUGGUGGCCCUGCUCUACCCGUUCUCCUGGCAGCACACCUUCAUCCCCGUGCUGCCUGCCUCCAUGGUGGACAUCGUCUGCUGCCCCACUCCCUUCCUAGUGGGCCUGCUCUCCAGCUCGCUGCCCAAACUCAAAGAUCUGCCUGUGGAAGAGGCUCUCAUGGUAGACCUGGGAACUGACCGCUUCAUCAGACAGAUGGAUGACGAGGCCUCACUGUUACCAAGGAAACUUCAGGCGGCUCUUGAGCAAGCUCUAGAGCAGAGGAACGACAUCAUCAAUCAGGACUCUGACAGCGAGUCGGACGAAGAGUGCAACUCCCUGAACAGCCUGGUGUCGGAAGCCUUCAUCAGGUUCUUCCUGGAGACCAUUGGACACUACUCCCUGUUCCUCACUCAGAACGAGCGAGGAGAGCGCAUCUUCCAGCGCGAGGCCUUCCGCAAGUCUGUGGCCUCCAAGAGCAUCCGGCGGUUCCUGGGGGUCUUCAUGGAGUCCCAGAUGUUUGCUGGCUUCAUCCAGGACCGUGAGCUCAGGAAGUGCAGGGCCAAAGGCCUUUUUGAGCGGAGGGUUGAACAGUACCUGGAGGAGCUACCAGACACCGAGCAGAGUGGGGUCAACAAGUUCCUCAAGGGCCUAGGAAGUAAAAUGAAGUUUCUUCACAAAAAGAACUGAGGAUAUUUUCUACUGUACGUGCCAAAUACCAGACCAAUAGACCCUGUGGAACGACCGACUGCAAAUGAACAACCUGACACACCAAGACUGUGUACUCUGUAGAACUACUCACUCGUUUGUCAAUGUGUCGAAGAAUGGUCCAAACGUUUGUACAUAUGACUUCACUGUUUCACUGUUAUCACUGUGUGUGAUACCCUCCCGUGUAGCUUGGACUUUGGGUGUCUGGUACCCUUGUCUAUGAAGCUAGUUCUAGAAUGACGGUACUGAGUGAAUUUGCCUGUGAUCCAGAGUAACCACUGUCAUCUAGUCAGACUGACUGAGUGAAUGUGACCCUAUGUGAGGUGGAUGUAUAGUUUUCCAUGGAUCUGCCGAUGAUUUUCUAUUUGACAUCGGCGUAGUCCUCUCCUCUGCUGACAGAGCUGUACAACCGCACGGCUGGACGAGAGGCUUUUGUACAUGCAUUAACAUAUGAAGAAAACGACUGUAAAUGUUCAAAACAUGCAUCGCUUUGUAAAAUUCAGUAAUUAAACAUUCAUACGACUUC